UGGAUUUUAAAAGUCAUCUAUUUCAUCAACACCAACUUUUCUGAUCGUCUGGAGAUGGCGCAAAGGUACGAUGAGCUGGCUCACUACGGAGGCGCCAUGGAUGGAGUCGGGGUCCCGGCCUCCAUGUACGGAGACCCGCACGCCCCUCGGCCGCUGCCCCAGGUCCACCACCUGAACCACGGGCCGCCCCCCCACCCGACCCAGCACUACGGAGCCCACGCGCCGCACAACAUCAUGCCCAGCAGCAUGGGCAGCGCCGUGAACGACGCACUGAAGAGAGACAAGGACCAAAUCUACGGACACCCUCUGUUCCCGCUGCUGGCUCUGGUGUUCGAGAAGUGCGCAGCUGGCACCUGCACGCCCCGAGAGCCGGGUGGUCGCGGGGGGGACGCUUGCUCCUCCGACUCCUUCAAUGAAGACAUAGCUGUGUUUGCCAAACAGAUCCGCGCAGAGAAACCUUUAUUCUCUUCGAAUCCAGAGCUGGAUAACUUGAUGAUUCAAGCAAUUCAAGUCUUACGGUUUCAUCUCCUGGAAUUAGAGAAGGUGCAUGAGCUCUGCGAUAACUUCUGCCACCGGUACAUCAGCUGUCUGAAAGGCAAGAUGCCCAUCGACCUGGUCAUAGAGGACCGGGACGUCUGCAAGUCUGACUUUGACGACCUCUCCGGGUCCUCCACCAACCUCGCAGAACAUAACCCAGCGUCCUGGAGAGACAUGGAUGACGCCCACUCCACGCCCUCUGUGGGCACCCCGGGUCCGUCCAGCGGGGGACACGUCUCUCAGAGCGGGGACAACACCAGUGAACUCGGAGACGCCCUCGACAACAGCCUGGCAUCUCCGGGCACGGGAGACGAGGAUGACCAGGACAAGAAGCGGCAGAAGAAACGAGGCAUCUUCCCCAAAGUAGCCACAAAUAUAAUGAGAGCGUGGCUCUUCCAGCACCUUACGCACCCGUACCCCUCAGAGGAACAGAAAAAGCAGCUAGCACAAGACACAGGCCUCACCAUCCUUCAAGUGAACAACUGGUUUAUCAACGCAAGGAGGAGAAUAGUCCAACCUAUGAUCGACCAGUCCAACAGAACAGUGAGUCAGGGUAACGCCUACAGUCCAGAUGGCCAGCCAAUGGCAGGCUUUGUUCUUGAUGGGCAGCAGCACAUGGGUCUCAGACCUGGAGGGCCGAUAGGUGGCAUGGGUAUGAACAUGGGCAUGGAUGGACAGUGGCACUACAUGUAAAUCCACUCCACUGAGGCACGCCUGAAAAACAGGGUGAAGCCUCCAUGGUGGGCUCAGGGAUCUUCUUCCGCCGGGCUGUGGAGCUCAGUACCGGAGCUGCCUCUGCACGUCAACCCCACCUGACCUACACCUCCCCCCACCUCCACCUUAACCUGCACCGUGCUUGUGCAGAGGAUCACCAUGGAAACGCCAAACCUGCGCACGAGGCCGCCCACAAACUUUGACUUUCCCCCUGAACUGGGGGGCUUUUACGGGACAAGAGAAAGGACUUCAGUGAAGCAGUGUGACACAUCUCCAUUCCCUUUUAAAUUAUUUAUUUAUUUUUCUACAACGGCGGACCACGGGGACUUUUCUUUCUCUUUUUCCUAUUUUUUAGGUAAAGCUUUACCCCUAAAUAGCCUACCCCCUUCCAAAUAAACAUUGUACAUAGAAACACACCUCUCCUUUAAAGGACAAAACACAAAAAACACUGUGAAUAUCUUUUUUUUAAAUAUGAGUAUUCGGUGAGAGUUUUAAUUGUUGUGCUGUAUAGUUGUGUGUUUAUUUGGCUGUUUCCAUCCAUGUUUGCGCUUGUGAUCACUAGUGAGCUUUCACCAAUGACAUGUUGUUUUUUAUUCUAACAUCAAUUAAGAUUUUUAAAGGAAACCAUCUCUGUUUCCGUGCACUGCAUCUCUUUCUUCUGAUUCAUUCUCCUUGUGUUCUUAUACAUUUAAAAAGACUUUCUGAGGAAACAUGGAAUUUCCUUUUUCUUUUAAUAGUUUUUAGCACCAAAACACAGAAGA